AUGGAAGACAAUGCCACACAUCACUACAUUUCCUCUUUCUUCCUGGUUGGUGUUCCUGGGCUGCAGGAGUUUCACAAGUGGAUUGGCAUCCCUGUCUGCCUGUGCCUGACACUGACUCUACUCGGGAACACCAUCAUCAUUACUACUGUGAAGCUGGAACCAAGCUUGCACCAGCCCAUGUAUUUCUUCCUUUGCAUGCUGGCAAUGAAUGACAUAGGACUUGCCAGUUCCCCAGCCCUCAAGAUGCUUCAGAUCUUCUGGUCGGAUGCGCACUGGAUUGACUUUGAUGUCUGCCUAGUCCAAAUGUAUUUUAUCCACACGCUUUGCAUUAUGGAGUCAGGCUUCUUAGUAACCAUGGCUUUUGAUCGCUAUGUAGCCAUUUGCAUCCCGCUGCAGUACACACUCAUCCUGACAACGUCAGUAGUGAUUACAAUGGGACUUGUUUGUGUGGCCCGAGCUGCAUUGUUGGUUCUACCCGGUCCAUUUCUCAUUAAGAGGCUGCCUUACUGUCUGAAAUACAUCAUUGAUCAUGCCUACUGUGAGCACAUGGCUGUGGUGAAGCUAGCCAGUGCCAACACCCACAUUAACAGAGUGUAUGGCAUCUCCGUGGCCCUUUCAGUGAUGGUAUUGGACCUUGGACUCAUAACCACUUCCUAUGUCAAAAUCCUCCAAGCGGUGUUCAGGCUGUCUUCUCAGAACGCGCGCUCCAAAGCCCUGGCCACCUGUGCUGCUCAUGUCUGCACUAUUUUGGUCUCCUACACACCUGCUCUCUUCAGCUUCCUAACUCACCGCAUUGGCAAGAACGUCCCCCCAAGCGUCCACAUAAUCGUUGCAAGUGUGUACCUCCUCGUGCCUCCCGCAGUCAACCCCCUUGUGUAUGGCAUCAAAACCAAGCAGAUUCGUGACCGAGUAGUGGGUCUCUUCUCUCCAAAUAAAAAAAAGUUCUGA